CCCCCCCCCACCCCCCCCCCCCCAGCCACUCGCGGCUCCGCCGGGAGGGCGAAGUGAGGGCGCCGAGAGCAGGCUCCAGACAGAUGAGUAGAGAGCUGGCUGCAGAAGAGGGACAGAUUCCAAUUUGCCAGCUGAUCACCGUGUACAGAGGGAAACCCUUGAGAUCAGCACUGGGAGGAAGAAGAGAGGUGGUGAAGGAGCUGAUGUGGGACAGAUCUGAGCCAAAGAGCUGAGGGACAGCAGGGCCCUGCUUAGUCCAGAUUUAUGCAGUUGUGGCUGCAGCUGUGAGCUUGGAAGGGCAGAGUGCUGAUGAAAAAGAGACUUGGCAAUACAAGGUGUCUCUCCAAGCCCAGAUAAAGCAGGGGAGCCACUUCCACACUCCCUGAGGUCCUUGUCCAUUUGCCAGGAGGGAGCUGGCGUGGCACAGGGAUGGCAGAGCUUCACCCUCCCAGCAGCGAUGAGAGAGACUGACCUGGCUCCUUCUGCACCAGGGCUGCUGCCUCUGCGUAUUCAUUGCAUGGUAAUGCAGGAUGUCGGCAGCAGCCGUCGACUCCGGCUCGGCCCCACCGCGUUUUUCUUCUGGUUGCGACUCUGAGUCACCAUGACAACGCUGUGACACUUCCAGCAGAGGUUGCAAGGGUGGGCUGGGGGUGGGCGAGAAGGUCAAUGCUCGAGUCUGACGGGAUCAGGAGUCGCACCUGCAGCAAAACCGCCGUGGGAGAGCCGCCGGCACGGCGAGAAGAUGAAAUUCCCCUUCCGUUGGCUUCUCCUCGAGCAGGCACAGUAACAUUGCUGUAAAAGCUCCUUUGGUUAUGGCUACUGACCCGACGUGAUUGCGCGCGCGGCGGCUUCGGAACUCAUGAGCGGCUAUACGAUGUUGCGCAAUGGGGGAGUGGGGAACGGAGGCCAGCCCUGGGUCUUGAGGUGGUCCAGUCGCAUCCGGCUCACCUGGCUCAGCUUCACCCUCUUCGUCAUCCUCGUUUUCUUCCCCCUCAUCGCCCACUACUACCUGACCACCAUCGACGACGCGGACGAUGCCGGCAAGCGCAUCUUCGGCCCCCGCGCCGGCAACGAGCUGUGCGAGGUGAAGCACGUGCAGGACCUGUGCCGCAUCCGCGAGUCGGUCAGCGAGGAGCUGCUCCAGCUCGAGGCCAAGCGCCAGGAGCUCAACAGCGAGAUCGCCAAGCUCAACUUGAAGAUCGAGGCCUGCAAGAAGAGCAUUGAGAAUGCCAAGCAGGACCUGCUGCAGCUGAAGAACGUCAUCAGUCAGACUGAGCAUUCCUACAAGGAGCUGAUGGCUCAGAACCAGCCCAAGCUCUCCUUGCCCAUCCGGCUGCUGCCGGACAAGGACGAUGCCACCUUGCCCCUGCCAAAAUCCAACAGGAACUGCAGGCUGCACAACUGCUUUGACUACUCACGCUGCCCGCUGACAUCUGGCUUUCCAGUCUAUGUCUACAACAGUGAUGAUUACCCUUUUGGUAGUUCCUUAGACCCUUUAAUUAAACAGGCCUUUGAGGCGACUGUCAGAACUAAUGUUUAUGUUACUGAAAAUGCAAAUAUUGCUUGUGUGUAUAUAAUUUUAGUGGGGGAAAUGCAAGAGCCUGUAAUGCCAAAACCUACUGAACUAGAGCAACAGUUGCACUCUUUGCCAUAUUGGAGGACUGAUGGGCACAACCAUCUCAUCAUCAAUCUGUCGAGGAAGUCAGAAACUCAGAACUUUAUUUACAACAUCAGCACGGGGCGGGCCAUGAUCGCCCAGUCCACCUUCUACGACGCCCAGUAUCGGCCGGGCUUUGACAUCGUGGUGUCACCUCUGGUCCACGCCAUGUCCGAGCCCAACUUCCUAGAAAUCCCCCCCCAGGUGCCGGUCAAGCGUAAGUACCUGUUCAGUUUCCAGGGGGAGAAGAUCGAGUCUCUGCGCUCCAGCUUGCAGGAGGUUCGCUCUUUCGAAGAGGAGAUCGAAGGCAACGCCCCGGCUGACUACGACGACCGGAUCAUCGCCACCUUGAAGGCUGUUCAGGACAGCAAGCUGGACUUUGUUCUGGUGGAGUUCACCUGUAAGAACCAGCCUAAGGCCAGCCUGCCCACUGAGUGGGCUCUGUGUGGAGAAAGGGACGACAGACUAGAGCUACUGAAGCUUUCUACUUUUGCACUGAUCAUCACCCCCGGGGACACCCGUUUAGUGAUCUCGGCCGGGUGUGCCAUGAGACUGUUCGAGGCCCUGGAAGUCGGGGCCAUCCCGGUGGUUCUCGGAGAGCAGGUUCAGCUACCCUACAACGACGUCAUCCGGUGGAACGAGGCAGCCUUAAUCAUACCAAAGCCACGCAUCACAGAAGUGCACUUCCUUCUGAGAAGCAUUUCUGACAACGACCUCCUCGCCAUGAGGAGGCAGGGCCGCUUCUUGUGGGAGACCUACUUCUCCACCUCCGACAAUGUCUUCAGCACAGUCUUAGCUGUCAUAAGGACUCGAAUCCAAAUCCCGGCUGCUCCUAUCCGAGAAGAGCCCGCUGUGGAGAUCCCCCACCGUUCUGGCAAAGCUGCUGGCACAGACCCCAAUAUGGCAGACAACGGUGACCUGGACCUGGGGCCUGUGGAGACAGAACCACCCUACGCCUCUCCCAAAUAUCUCCGCAAUUUCACCCUCACCGCCAUGGAUAUCUACAGGAAUUGGAAUUCUGCCCCGGGGCCUUUCCACCUCUUCCCCUACACCCCCUUUGACCCCGUUUUACCAUCAGAAGCGAAAUUUUUGGGGUCUGGGACUGGGUUUCGACCCAUUGGUGGAGGAGCAGGUGGCUCUGGGAAGGAGUUCCAGGCUGCCCUGGGUGGCAACGUCCCGCGGGAGCAGUUCACGGUGGUGAUGUUGACUUACGAGCGGGAGGAAGUGCUGAUGAACUCCCUAGAGAGGCUCAAUGGCCUCCCCUACUUAAAUAAAGUUGUGGUGGUGUGGAACUCUCCCAAGCUUCCCUCCGAGGAUCUCUUGUGGCCAGACAUUGGCGUCCCAAUCGUGGUGGUGCGCACGGAGAAGAACAGCCUGAACAACCGGUUCCUGCCCUGGGACGAGAUCGACACCGAGGCCAUCCUGUCCAUCGACGACGACGCCCACCUGCGCCACGACGAGAUCAUGUUCGGCUUCAGGGUGUGGAGAGAGGCCAGGGAUCGGAUCGUGGGCUUCCCGGGGCGCUACCACGCCUGGGACCUCCCCCACCAGUCCUGGCUCUACAACUCCAACUACUCCUGCGAGCUCUCCAUGGUGCUCACUGGUGCUGCCUUCUUCCACAAGUACUACGCGUACCUGUACUCCUACGUGAUGCCCCAGGCCAUCCGGGACAUGGUGGACGAGUACAUCAACUGCGAGGACAUCGCCAUGAACUUCCUGGUGUCCCACCUGACCAGGAAACCUCCCAUCAAGGUGACCUCCCGCUGGACCUUCCGCUGCCCCGGCUGCCCCCAGGCGCUGUCCCACGACGAUUCCCACUUCCACGAGCGGCACAAGUGCAUCAACUUCUUUGUGAAGGUGUACGGGUACAUGCCCCUGCUCUACACGCAGUUCCGCGUCGACUCGGUCCUCUUCAAAACCCGCCUGCCCCAUGACAAGACCAAAUGCUUCAAGUUCAUCUAGGAAUGGCAGCACAGCAGGAGCGGGAUGGGAGCAGCUGGACACCCCCAAGCUGCAGGAGAAGCUGCUUUGUUGGGCUGUGAGUGUUGAGGCCCUUCGCUCUGGACUCUGGCCUCACAAACGGGAUUGGGAUGGGCACUUCCCUCCUUCCCUGCGCUCCCACAGCAGGGAAUGGGAUCCCAUGGCUCCUCAAGGACACCCAGGCAAUGGGAUCCCAUGGAGGGAAUGGGAUCCCAUGGCUCCUGUAAGGAAACACAGGCAAUGGGAUCCCAUGGAGGGAAUGGGGAUCCCAUGGCUCCAGAGAGGACACCCAGGCAAUGGGAUCCCAUGGAGGGAAUGGGAUCCCAUGGCUCCAGAGAGGACACCUAGGCAAUGGGAUCCCAUGGCUCUGCAAGAACACAAGCAAUGGGAUCUCCCAUGGCUCUGCAAGGACACAGGCAGUGGGAUCCCAAGGACACUCCCAUGGAUUGUACACUGAGGAAUGGCCACACUGGCUCUGCCCCUUCGCUAGCCAAGGGCAGCCAUUCUUUUUAAUUCUAAUUAUUGUUAUUUAAAAUGAAAGUGGUUUAGAUUUGCCGCCUGAGGCGCUUUUUUGUUUUCUUUUCUUUCCCCUCCCCUCUCCCCAGCCCAUUUCCCCUCUGGACCCCUCAGCCCAUCCCAGGGGACCAUAGCCAGGCCAGGCUGGAGGUGUUUGGGUGCAGCUCCUGUCACCACUGCUGUCCCCAUCCUUCCUCCCGUGGCACAGCCCUUCCCACCCACCAGAUCCUGGCUUCCCUUGCCCUGUGGCUGCUGCUGAGGCCUCUCAGGUGUCACCUGCUGAGGAGCCCUUUGCUCUGCUCUGCUCUGCUCCCCACCCUGAGCCCCUGCAGAGGGGCAAGGUUGGCCUGGAUGAUCCUUCCUGGCUCCUGGUGCUGUUCCCCUGCUGUACCUGGGGGGUUCAGUUGCUGCUGUCUCUGUGUCUUUUCCCUUGUCCUGCUGAUCCUCUACAGACAGGGAAUGUGCUUGGGGCUUAGGGAAAAUCCACCUGCAGCACAGCCAGGGCUCAGAGUGCUCCAGGCUCCUGGAGGCUCUGACCCUUCUCUGUGCUCAGCCCAGCCUGGGUGUGCCAGAGCUGCAAUUCCUGCUCUGCCUUAAGCCCAGCCCAGCCUCACCCCCUGGCUUCAGGCUGUGUCCCAGGUUUAAUCCCAACAGAUUUCCAGUGUGUGAUGCUGCUGGGAUCAUGUUCACAGUGUGGACUGGGAGCUGGUUCCUCUCUCCCACAGCAAAAUGCUGUCACACCUGUCACCCCCUGAGCUCAGCUGCUGCUCCAUCCUGCUCCAUCCUGCGGGCAGCACAGCAGGGAAGGGCACACCUCGUGUGAUGUUCUCCCUCAGCACAGCCCAGAUGUUUGUGAGCAGCCUGGAGAAGCUCUUGCUGGGGGGUGGGUCCUGGAUGUCACCCCUGGUGUGUCUCUGGUGUGUGGGAGCAGGGAUGGUCCAGCAGCAGCUCCUGGGCUCAUUCCCAAGGUCAGCCCUGUCCAUGCCCCUCCUGCACCACGUUUUGGGGUCUCUCCAAACUCUUCUCCCCAGGUUUUUCCAUCAGCACUGACACUUCCUCAUGGAAGGGGAGGGAAGGAGCAGCCUGUUCCCAGCAGAGCCCAUGGCUUGUGCCUUCACCAGCAGCACUGACCACAGCAAAACACAGAUCAAGGAAUCUUCUCCUAUGGUUUUUUUCCCCUUUCCAUUCCCUUUUUGCUUUAACAUCAGAUGCCCAAAACAGCACACGUCAGAGUCUCCUUAAAAAUGCCAUGGGAGAUCCUGCAAGGCCCUGGAACACCUGGAAGGAUUCUGUGCCCUGCAGAAGUGGAAAUGUGGCUCUUGCCAGGAGCUGUGCCAGCUCCAGCAUUCCAGGGGGCCUCAGCUCCUCCUGCACGGCUUUAGUUCCGCCCUCAUUAGCGGGGUUCGUUAGCAGAGCCACGCCUCAGGUACAGCCCAGGCCCGGCUCAGCUCUGCCCUCCCGGAGCUGGAGUGAUGUGGGCAUGCACUGCACUUUAUCCAGGCACAGGCACUGCUCAGAGCCCUCAGGCUUCCCACAGUCCAAAGGGAAAUUCCAGUGGGAGCCUGGGGGAGCAGGGAUGGGAUGGGAAGUGUUGGCAUUGCCCAGCGGGGUCGAGAUGCUCAGUGUGGGAGCCCAGGCUGGGAAUUCUGUUUUUCCUUGCUGUGUUUUGAUUCGAGGCCAGUUGAGAUCAGGGAUCAGCAGAGCAAAUCCAACUGUUCUUCCUCCAGGCUCUCUGGCCUUUCUCCCAAGCUGGGGUUUUGUUGGGAGGAUCCCCCUGUCCGUUGUGCUGUGUCCCCGUGGGAUCUCUCUGGGUGUCAUGGGAUGAAUUCCUCCUUGCUGAGCGCCCCUAAAGGGGAAGGACUGGGGGUGAAGGGGUGAAAAGGCUCUAAAGGGACACAGCUGGGCAGCAGCAGCGCUGGGAGGGAUGGAAUUCUGGGAGGAAAUGAAAUGCCAGCAGGAACACCUUCCCCACCCACAGCACUGUGCUGCCCUCCCAGUCCUGCUGCUGCUGAUUUCCCAAAUCACGCCGAACAUCCCCAAACCCCUGGAGUACAGGACUGGGAUUCACAGCCCAGCUUUGUGCUCCUGAGCCACGCCAGGACCUGAGCUCUCCUCAGAGAGUGCUCCAGCCGUGCCACCACCCCAAACGUCCUUCCCUGCUCCCACCCAUCGUUCUCCCGGGAUUUUUGGGGCACCCCAGGCUCACCCCGAAGCUCAGGUUUGGUUGUGUGAUCCACCCCAGCCCCUGGGGCAGCCCUGAGGAGCUGGGAGGGGCUCUUGGCAGCUGCACCUUUUCCCCACUGCAGAAUUUCUGCUGCUUCCCCCGGGCACGGAGCGAGGCCUUUCCCGCUGUAAAUAGGACUGAGGUGACACGGCCCCCGCCCUCCCCUUGUGCCCACGGUGCCCUCAGCACCAGGAUUUCAAAUCCAACAGGAACUGAGAGACAAGGAACACUCCUUCGACACGAGCACAAUGUUGAGUUUUUUGUAAAAGGUUCCAAUAAAUGGAGAGUUUAACUUGG